UCGCACUUUGGCAGUCAGAAUUAUUCGAAAUCCCCAAGGAAAAACAUGAAAGCCCUCCAAGUCGCCGGAAUUUUGAUGCUGCUUUUCUGCCUGCUGGCAGCUGUUGAUGCUACGCCGGGAAAAGUGUAUAUCAAUGGGAAAUGCAUCGACUGCAAUAAGCCUGAUAAUGAUCCGGGAAUAAUAAUUCCUCCAGACCAUAAAUCUGCUGGAUCCAUAUCUUACACACUCACAUCUGGAGCGAUUCUUUUUGGAAUUAUAUAUCAUAUAUUCAGUUAAGUUACUAUGUCAUCAAAAAGUUAAUAAAAUGUGCGAAACAAUA